AUGGUUGUUGUUGCUGGUGCUGCUGUUGGGCCGUGGCAGAAGGCACUCGCACAGCUGCAGCAGCGGACGUGGGGCGUUGGCCGCGUGCCGUCGGUGCAGCAGUGGCUGGAUUUCUUCGCAGCAGCAGCAGCAAUGACAGGAGCAACAAUGACAAGAGCCACAGCUUGCACACCGCCCCCUGCGAUACGCACGGCUCAUACGCAGGGUGCCAAUUACACACCACCGUUGCCGCGGCAGGUGUCUCUGUUGAUAGCGGAGAGCCUCGUCGACGCGGCGAGGUUAGCGCGUCUGCAGCAGCUACUGUUGUCGUGUUCGACUCCAGGGGUGCUUCAGAGUGGGCUCGGCGAAGUCAGCGAUGACGACGGCGCCCGGCGCGACGACAACAAGGAUAGUAGCAGUAGCAGAGAGAGUCGCUUCCUCGCUGAGUGUGUGCCGGAGGACGUCAGUGGUGUGUUUCUCUCCGCUCCCCCACACGACGCAGCGGCGGAACUGGUGGAACUCCUCUUCCACUGGUGCGCCGCACACGACACCCCGCGCGACGCUGCGCAACUGCUGAAAUGGCUGCACGAGGUGUCGGCGCUUCUUCACUUUUUCACGCUGCACCCGCUGCCGCAGAACGCGACGGCGCGGCCGUGGCGACUGUGCCUCGCCUACACGGAAAUGCUCUCUGCAUUGCAUCGCGCACUGUGUACGAUUUAUCUCCGGCCCCAGUCGUGGGCGGCGAACGACAACAGGAGCGAGGAAAAGGAAGCCGUGCCAUUUGAGCAGGAUGUGGCACUCCUCGCGCUGUGGCUCCUGCGCGAAUCGAUGCGUGGCGCCACUGCUGCUGAUAGUUCCCUCUCCCACGCCGACACGCUGCAGUUAACGCAGCGGCUGCUCGCCUCACACACCGAAACGCAGUCUUGGCUACUGCAACUCCCUGCGUUUCUCCGCGGCACCUGCGGCGGCAGAAGCGGUGCGAUCAUGAAUGGGGUGGAUCUUGAUGGCAUGCUGGCUCGCAGUUCGCUGUGUCAGCUCGUACGCCAAGUUGUGAUGCCGCCUGCAUCGCUGGGUGUGUCGCCGAAUGUGUGCGUGCCAUUUAUUGCGGCACCCGCGGCGAGGGACACGGCCGUGGUGCGCGCCAUGAGCGAGCAGCUCAGCCGCAUUGCGUCUGGUGGCUAA